GUGUGUGUGUGUGUCUGAAAGAGAGAACGAAAAAGAGAGAAUCGGGGCUUUUAUUAUGAAGUGUGUAGUGACGUUCUACCCGGAAGUGCUGAAUUGCUGGAUAGCUGAUUGACGAAAAUCUCCGACUCUGAGAGGACAAUCAUGUCCUCAGACCUGCUGGUGGAUCUGAACGAUGAGCUGGGAGGAGAUGAUUCUCCCAGCGCGGCUCUGGAUCAACUCAAGCUGGUUCCAGAGAAGCAGUGGCCACAGGACGAUCCGGUCAGCCUCAGCAAAUCCGCUACAGAUAUUAAGAGUCUCAGUGAAGGUUCUCACCUGGCAUGGGACGAUCCUUUCUAUGAUAUCGCAAGACAUCAAAUAGUGGAAGUGGCAGGUGAUGAUAAUUUUGGGCGGAAGGUGAUCGUGUUCAGCGCAUGCCGCAUGCCCCCACAGCAUCAGCUGAACCACCACAUGUUACUCAUGUACCUGAAGCAGACACUGGAUAAGUACGUGGAGAGCGAUUACACACUGAUCUACUUCCACCAUGGCAUGACCAGCGAGAACAAGUUGUCCCUCAGCUGGCUGCGAGAUGCAUAUCGCGAGUUUGAAAGGAAGUAUAAGAAGAACAUUAAGGCGUUUUACAUCGUCCACCCCACCAUGUUCAUCAGAACCGUCCUCAUCUUCUUCAAACCACUCAUCAGCUUCAAAUUUGGUCGUAAGGUCCACUACGUGAACUACCUGAGUGAACUGGAGGAGAUAGUGAAGUGUGAUCAGCUGGUGAUUCCCAGUCGAGUCCGAGAGUAUGAUGAAAAGAUCUGUAUGAACCUGAAGCCGUCUGUGGUUCCUGGUCCAGUUUCUCCAGCUCACAGUCCUCCUCUACCGUACCAGCAGUUCGGGGUGGCGCUCUCAGUGUUGAGAAACACAGGAGCAGACGGAAUCCCGCUGGUCAUGCGAGACACCAUCACUUUCCUGCAGGAAAAGGGUCUGCAGACAGAGGGAAUAUUCCGACGCUCUGCUAACGUUAGUCUGGUGAAGAGCAUCAAACUUAAAUACAAUUCAGGUGAGCAGGUGAAUUUCUUUGAGAUGGAUGAUGUGCACCUGGCUGCAGUAAUCUUGAAGACGUUCCUCAGAGAGCUGCCAGAACCUCUGCUCACAUACACACUCUACAACGAUGUUGUCAACUUUCACAGAGUGGACAAAGCAUCUCAAGCUCUUACAGUCCGAAACAUGCUGAUGUCACUUCCUGAAGAGAACUACGUCUCGUUGCGUUUCCUUGUCCAGUUUCUGGCUCAGGUGUCAGCUGAGAGCGAGGUGAACAAGAUGACCAACACAAACCUGGCUGUAGUGUUCGGCCCCAACCUGCUGUGGGGUCAGGACGCCGCCAUGACCCUGAGUUCCAUCGGACCAAUCAACAACUUCGCCCGCGUCCUGCUCGACCUGCACAUGGACAUUUUCAGCCAGUGAGGAACAGAAGAACCUGCCUCUGUAUAUAAUCCACACCAUUGUGCUUUUCUCCUUUGUGUUGCCAAAUUCACGAGUGUUGUAAAUUAGUCAGAGUGGCAGGAAUGAAAGUGGCAGGUUUCAGGUUAGAGGGUGAGUUUCUUCCACAAUACUUAUAUUCAGUUCUUAUAUUGGUUUCAGACAAUCGCUCAUUUAUCCGUUUCUGCUUAUGCUAUCGAUCACGUAGCAGUUCAUCGUUUUCAUGGUACUGAUCAAGCGGAGUUUCUGCUCUCAGACCAAAAACGCUGGUAGAUACAGAAGGCUCCAAAAAUCUUGCGUGCACAGAAGGUAAAACGGAGCUCGUGGAGAAGAGGAGCGAGUCGUCAUGAGACUGUAUUACCUUCUUAAAAAAAGAAAUAAAAGAUAUUCGGCUAUUUUUUAGGUUUCAUACAACACAAUUUGACAAUCUACAGUAAUACUGAAGUCAGUGCCAGAAUUUUUGAACUCUGAUGUGAUUUGGUGAAAACGUCAGAUCCUCUUUUUUAGCGUUUCUUUUUAUGCUUUGGGGGGAUUCUUUGCACCCUAUUGGUCUUUUUGUACAGACCUUCAGCGUAUAAGCUUUUCUGUCUGAGAUCUUCUCGAUCAGCCAUAGUCACAGCUAUGGAUCAGUAUAAAGCACUAAUACUCAUCACACUUGAAACACUUUUUUUUUAAGAGCUUCUCAGUAAGUCUUUAUUUUUAUUACAUUUCUUAUAUGUAUGAUCUUUUAUACUAUAUUGAUGCCAUAUAUGCUUUUUUUUCUAUGGUGGCCUGCAGAGGAGAAUAUAUAUGAUAAUUAGGUAUAAUUAUUCUACACAUCUUCAUGAUGUACUUUACAGGAUUAUAAACACAAGUGCUGAUCUGGAUUCAGUGUCUGGGUCUGAUAUUGAAUUAACAUCAUUAUAAGGACAGGUGGCGCUGAUCCCAGAUCAGUCAGUACGUAUAGAACCAGGGUGUAGAUGUCCUGUGAUGAUGUUUCAGCAGAAGCUCAGUUCAUUGUUAUUGUUAAUGACUGACUGAACGCAGUAUUGAUUGAAGACACAAAUCCAAAAAACGUCUGAGCCGCACUGAACUUUCACACAAAAUAUUAUAAAAUAGAUUUCAUUUUUCCCUGAAUAAUUUCAUGAGCAGUUCUCUCCAUGUUCUACUCAGUGUCCCAGAAGUCUCCAGACACAGAACAUCUUCUGGAGCAGGUGUUCACUUCUUGGUUCAGUUGGAUCUCAGUGUCUGUGUUUGAUGAGGUUUUUAAAUUCUUUGCUAAAGAGUAAUGCAACCUGAGGACAGCUGUAUGAGGUGGUAUCUAAAAGUUUCUUUUUACAAGAAACUACUACAUUUAUCUACGUUUCCACACGUUUCCACACUUUUCCACACGUUUCCACACGUUUCUACACGUUUCCACACGCUCCCAGCGUUCUCCCGGAACGUGUCCUGGAAGUCUUCUUUUUAAAGUGUGUUCAGUACCUUCUGCAACUCGCACCGGAUCUCCACAACGGUGUCCAAACGACGAGCCGAAUCUUCAUCUUCUGACUGAGGAGGUCCACAGGAGGCGAAUGUGGUGAGUAUUGUGGGUGUGGAAGUGAGAUCAUGUGGAGUGUUCUGACGAUCAUCAUGCACAAGUUGCUGAACCGUUUGGACGUUUUUAGGGGUUGAGCUUGUCUUCCGGAUCUCUCGUCGUCUUCUGGUGAAGUUCUUCCACUCAAAACACCCCAAACGUCUCUGUGGCACAUCUGCCCAGUUUCACGCAGAAUUUCAUGUUUGCUCUUCUAACUCGCUGUCGGUGAUGAAACCAGUUACAACGUUAAUCUCCAAACGUCUUGAUACCACCUCGAGCAGUUGAGGGUUGAGUCCUGGGAUUUGAACUUGUGACCACCUGAUCCACAGUCUGAUGCCUUAACCACGGAGUUCCACCUCCUCAUGGUGGCAUGGUACAGAGAUUUCUGAGACACUGUGUAUAUUAAAAUCAUUAGAACACCUGGAACAUCUGGAACACCUGGGACUCAAUAAGAGUGUUUUCUAUUUUCCACAUCAUCUGUAUUUCCUCCUGUUUCUUCUCACUCCUGACACUGAAUCUGCAGUCUGUGUUCAGGGAAUGAGUUCUGCUGAAACGAGCAUCUUAUUCAGCUGCAGGUGGGGCGCAUAGAUAAAUAUCUGCUCAGAAGGUCUGUAAAGUUCAGAAUUCACUUCACUAGAACACAUCCUGUGUGUUCAUAAGACUAUGUGAUGCAGGUGUAGAUUACCCAGAAUGCACUUUGCUAUCAUAGAAGAGCCUGGUUUUAUCGUCUCCCAGUGCACUGCCUCGAUAUUGAAUUGUAAUUGAUGUACCGUGUGUGAACGUGACCCUCCUGUGUGUAUGUUUUUGGUGAAAACGUGCAGUGAUCCUUCCCAAAGCCCACGUGUUUUUUGUGUGCCUUACUGAAGUUGUAGGUCACGUCCUUCUAGGUUUCACACGUUUCAGCCUCCAUCCUGCUCGGGCCUUGGUGUUGUAAAUCCAGACCACAUUUCAUCUGGAUCCCCAGUGCUGUGGAUCUGUGUGAAGAUUAUAGCUUCAUCUUCUGUGUGUGUGUGUGUGUGUGUGUGUGUGUGUGCGUGCGUGUGCGUGAUUCCUCUCAGUGCUGGACUUUUGUAAAUGUGGUAAUAAAUGGUACAUAAGUAAUAAAAAUGUGUACUGUGGA